CCGAGCGCCGCGACUCGUAUUUCUAUAGAAGCGCUGGAGCGGCAGCGAGUGGGUGUGUUUUGGGCGCCGUUGGCUGCGCAGUUCGGCAACAGUCACACAGGCGAGCCUUCCUCGCGCCCUGCCGUCUGCCGGAUACCUCAGCAUGGAUGCGCUCAAAUCGGCCGGCAGAGCAAUUAUCAAGAGUCCGGGAGUUCCGCGACACACAUGGGGCACCUCGAAGCACGAAAAGCUUCCAGAGAACUGGACAGACACUAAGGAGACGCUCUUGGAGGGCAUGGUGUUCAACGUGAAGUAUCUCGGCAUGACGUUGGUCGGCCAGCCAAAAGGAGAGGACAUGGCAUCUGCUGCUAUCAGAAGGAUAGUCGCCAUGGCCAGAGCCAGUGCAAAGAAGUUCCGUAAAGUGACUCUGACAGUCUCACCUAAAGGAAUCAUCAUCACGGACACUGAGACCAACGACCUCGUUGAGAACGUCUCCAUAUACAGAAUCUCCUACUGCACUGCAGAUAAAUCUCAGGACAAAGUGUUCGCCUACGUGUCCCAGAGCCAAUUCAGCGAGACCUUGGAGUGUCAUGCAUUCCUGUGUCCCAAGAAGAAGAUCGCCCAAGCUGUGACGCUGACGGUGGCACAAGCCUUCAAAGUAGCUCUGGAUCUGUGGGAGCUUGCCCAGGAAGACAAAAUCAAGAAAGGGCGCCCGUGUUGUUCCUGUUCCGUGAACAGCUCCAAAGCCGAAAUGAACUCGCACUCAGGUGCAGAUGUGGAAGAACACAGAUCCCUGAGUAACGAGGAGCAGCUCAGGCAGCCCUUUUUCCCUGCGCCGUUCCACUCGCCCUCGCAGCACAGCGACCCUCUGAAGCGGAGGCCCGUGAAGCACGACUCCUGGGAUGUCGAGGAUGGCCUUGAUGAUGCAUUUUCAAGCAAUAUGGAUGUCGAAGACGCGGACACAGGUAAGCGAGAUUGGCAGAGUCCCGCUUCAGAUCAUUGCCUAAGCAUGCAUCUCUGAGCCCGGUGGAAGCUGACCUUUAGGAGUCAAAGGCCGAUCACGGUAGAGAAGACGAAUAAAGACGUCCUCUGGACCUUUCACGCAAACUGCCUUUUCCGACUGCAGUUUCCCUUCGAAGAAGUACGAUGGGACACAUUUCUCUGCAAGGUGUGAAGGAAUGGAGAACUGUUUCCUCAACUUUUUAUUUAUUUAUUUUUUUCACAUAUCGAAUAAAAAAACCGCCAGACGUCAGUAUUUAAUUAUUAAACUUGGACUUCGGUCGUUUUCACGUUUUGUUUUUUGUUUGCUUGUUUUCCUGGUUUUCGGUGUGGCUUCAGCUACAUUGAUUGUCAUUUGCUGACAUGUAAGAUACAGUUGUGUAAUUUAGAUUUUAUGGAUUUUAAUGGUCCAUUUGCUUCUUUCUAAAAACUUCAAGGCCCAGACUGAAGUUAAUUUUUUAUAUAGCUUUUUUCCCCCCCAUUUCCAGAUUUUUUUUCUUCCCCAUUUUGUCUUGCCAGGUCUUUAAGGGGUCAAUUUGAAGUUAAAAUACAUUUUGUCUGUAUUUGGAUCAAUGACUGCAGCACAGGCAACAUGGGAACAAUUGUUUCUGUGCAAAGAACUCAGGUAAAACGAGAAAGAAACCAAGAAGGUUUAUUGGUCAGUUGUUGGAAAAUACACUUUAAUGCACCAAAUGUCUAUGUUUACUGAGGUACUGAAGUGUGUGGUAUAUGUUGUACACAGGCUGAUUUUCUAUACACUUUUGACGUCUUUUCUUGGAUAUUUGAUAGAAGAACAAAUAUUUGUCAAUUACUAAUGCAAGUACGAAUUCAAACACCCGCUACAGUACGGCAGCUGAAUCCGUUCCGUUUUCUUAACGACAGUUUCAAAUGGAACUAAAAUACUACAGCGCAUGUAUAAAAAGUUACCUUUAAGAGUUUGUUCUUAAAGGUUUUAUAAAUGUCAUAAAUACAUAUUGCAUCAAUAUUAUUCAGGUCUGAGUAUCAAAUAUUCAGGAAAAGCCUAGAUUUGACUGUAAUUUUUUGCCCGUGGGUAGUAUGCACUACAAAUGUUACAGAACUUGAAUGGCUGUAAAGUUGCCGGGUAACGAAUCUGUGUGAACAUAAAAACGUAAAAUUAGUUUUGUCAUUGCUGGAUUACAGCCUAAUUGCUGAAUAAUGCAGUCUUAAAAUGGCGACCUUUUCCUGAACACAGAAAAAAAUUAAUUGCUGAAGUGUGAAGCAAAUACAAGUAACAGACUGUAUUUUCAAAUAUUUAAAUAGUAUUGUUUACAGAAAAGCCUAGGGUGUCUAUGAGAAUUAAGGAGUUCUUGUUAAUUUUAUUGUCAUAGUAACCCUUAAAGUAUUUUUUAUGUUAUGAAAGUGAAAAAAAAUACAAAUGCUAAAGGUGCAUUAUUCCUUUUUAAAUUCAAAAAUUUAUGUACAGUGUAAGCAAGAUUUAAUAUGAACCACAUUGUUUCUCUGUC